AUGCUGUAUCGCCUUCUUACAUUUUUACUCACCGUCACCAUCGCUGGCGCGUUUCUGCUGAAUUCCGGAUGUGGAUGCGGCGGGCCUUCGCCGUGCGGUUUGGGUCGAGGCUUUGGCGGAUGUACGCCACGACCUCGAGUGGCAGCGCCGCCGUUCAUGCCGCCACCGCCGCCACCGCCACCGCCACCGCCGCCACGAUGCGAAUGCCCGCCGUCGGAUUGUCAUUCGUGUGCGCCGGCGCCAAGCUCGUGCGGAUGCGGCGCUGGAUACGCCAGCCACGACAAUCGCCAAGAUUCUGACGAUUAUUCGGAUGAGGAGGACGACAAGAUCUAUAAGAAGAAGGGAGGCGAAAAAGAGGAGAGUGAAAGCUAUGAAGACGAGUAA